AUGGAGGGGCGAGCCACAUCCAGUGGUAGUGGAACAUCGCGUGCGGUUGAAUCAACGAGCACUUCCAAACUAUUCUGUGAUGCAACCUCCAAGGAACCUCUAGUAUUCCAUCUUCAUAGCGCCCUGCCGUCUAAACUCAAAGCCGAGUUGACACACUGA